GAAACUUUCUAUGGACUCCAGAUGCCGAUACAUCAUGAUAUCCCGAGACAUAUUUAUGAAUGUAUUUCGAAUAUGUCCCCCAAUUAGACCAGCAUCUGUCGCGGACUCUUAUUUGACUGUGUCUCAGGUGAGUUAUAGCUAUUGCUUGUUGGGACACUGAUCAAAGACCCCUAUAUCACGGACGAUAAAACCCACGUCAAAUCAAGAAAAACAACCAACUUCCGUCAUGAUUACCUUUGACCCUCGCCUCGUUAUUGGACCGAUGCAAGUUGGUGCGCUUUUGAGCGCAGGGUUCUACGGCUGCUUUGUUGCCCAAACCUUUAUGUAUUUCAAACUGUUCCCAAAAGAUCCUCCGACCUUGAAGAUCAUUGUGACAACUGUGGCGGCAUUUCAACUGGGACACUUUCUCUGUUUAAUUGUCACGCUGUGGACCAUGACGGUUACCUCAUAUACUCAUCCAUCCGUUCUCAACACUCUUCCCAUCGCAGCGGACAUACUGAUAUUGCUCAGUAGCUUUACGUGCUCUACUGUGCAGUUAUUUUACAGCCAUAGGCUCUGGAAGCUUUCCGGUUUCCCAAUAUUGUUCAUUAUUUCAGGAACAUUAUGUGUGGUCGCGCAGACUGUAGCUUUCAUCCUCGUUAUCCACGCAUUUCUCAUGUCCAGCCUCGAAGCAUUCCAGAAUCAACAGCACGUCAUCAUCUUACUCGCAUCUACCUCUCGCGCGGCAGCUGACAUCUUCACUACCCUUGGUAUUGCCGGGACUCUGAAGAAGAGAUCAUCGGGCACUGUGUCGAUGGCUACAAUAGCUGACCGGUUAAUUGCGUGGGUACUCGAAACUUGUUUGGUAGCUAGUUUAGCGACGUUUUCAAUCGCCAUUUUGCUCCUUACGUUACAAAACAGUGUCUGGUUUGGUCUAUAUAUUAUCAACGCCAAUUUAAUUGCGAAUUCGCUAUUGGCAUGGUUCAAUCGCCGGUAUUCACCGGUCCGCGAUGAAGUUGUCUCGAGCAUCCAGUUCGCCGAGUGAUCUAUUUCGAUUUUUUCCUAAUACUUUCUCAAGUCGUGCAUUGCAUGAAGAAGUAACGGAGAGGAUAAGCGCGAUGUACAUUUGUUCUGCUCGUCGAUCUUUCAACAUGAGGAUAGUAUGUAAUUCAGACCAAGAACAAAAGGAUUUUAUGCAGACCAUUUUCUCUGUGCACGCCCAUAAGCGCAUGUGAUAC